AUGGGGUCGCAGUUACAAGUACUGGACUGGGGUCAUAAGAAGUUACUAUUAUCUCUCCUGGGUGUGGGUCUUCUGGUCUCCGUGACCCAUGCUGGACACGGAGGUGGAGGACACGGAGGAGGUGGCUACGGAGGUGGAGGACACGGUGGUGGUGGCUACGGAGGUGGAGGACACGGUGGUGGUGGCUACGGAGGUGGAGGACACGGUGGUGGUGGCUACGGAGGUGGAGGACACGGUGGUGGUGGCUACGGAGGAGUCGGUGGAGCAUCAAACAAUAACUUCAACCUAGCAGGACCCAAAGGAGGUGGUGGAUAUGGAGGUGGUGGCGGUGGAUAUGGCGGCGGUGGUGGAUACGGCGGUGGCGGCUAUGGUGGUGGUGGAUACGGCGGCCAUGGUGGUGGUGGAUACGGUGGUGGCGGCCAUGGUGGUGGUGGAUACGGUGGUGGCGGCCAUGGUGGUGGUGGAUACGGUGGUGGUGGCCAUGGUGGUGGUGGAUACGGUGGUGGUGGCCAUGGUGGUGGUGGAUACGGUGGAGGAUAUGGCAAAUAA